AUGGCCAUAGCUACAGCUUCUGAAGUAAAUGCUUCAAUUCUAGUAAUCAGUGAACCAAAUAAAACUGCUGUAAAAGGGAGACAAGACUGGGUAUGUGACGAUAAUCUCGACGUAGCCUUAAAAGUUUUUGAUAAGAACCUAACCAUAAAGAACCAAGGCAUUGGGGCAGGGUUCUCCUAUGUUACAACCAAAGACGCCACUAUAUACAGUUGCAACACAUCAGGUAACAAGGAACUUGUACACUUCGAGACAAUGUUAGAGGCUAUUGAAGAAUUAAUAAAAAGUCACAAAGGCAGAACUAUCAUAACUGGGGAUUUCAACGCCAAGUCCGCUCAGUGGGGGAUGAAUUAUACAGAUAUACGCGGACAUACAAUAGUAGACUGGAUGGCAGCUAACAAUCUCGUAAUUGCAAAUGAGGGCAUUACACCAACUUUCCAAUGUAAUAACUACACAUCAAUUCUGGACCUAACUAUAGUCAGUGAAAAUGUUAAUAUACAAAAGUGGACAGUUAUGGAUAGAGAGUCCCUCAGCGAUCAUAAGUAUAUUACGUUUGAAUGUGUUAACAAUGUACAAGCAAAAAGUAUUAAAACUUAUAACAGGGGCUGGCGUGUUGAUAAACUAAAUAAAGAAAAGCUAAAAGAUGAAUUAGGGAAAAUUGACCAGAAGUCUGAAAGCACCAGCGUCAAAUGUUUCAAUGAACUACUUACCAGAAUCUGUGAUAGAACAAUGGCAAAGUAG